CUGCGCGAGGCGGGCUGCCACGGCGUCAUCUUCGACAAGGACAACACGCUGACUGCGCCCUACUCCGACGAGGUGCACCCGCGCCUGGCGGGCUCGCUGCGGAGGUGCGUCGAGACCUUCGGCGCCGAGCGCGUGGCGGUGCUGAGCAACUCUGCUGGGACGCCAGACGACCCCGGCGGUGUCGCUGCGGACGCGCUGGAGGCGGCGCUUGGCGUGCACGUGCUGCGACGGCGGCACAAGAAGCCGCGCGGGAUCGAGAGCGUGCAGCGUCACUUCCAGUGUGACGGCACGGCGCUGCUCAUGGUGGGCGACCGCUACCUGACCGACGUCGUCUUUGGAAACAUGCACGGCAUGCUGACGGUGCACACGCAGCAGCUCACGACGGAAGGCGACAACCGCGUCGCCCAGGCAAUGCGCCGGGCCGAAGACUGGCUCGUGGCGCGAUACCCCCCGCUACCCAGUGCGACGUAG